GUCGCGUGCGGCGCCGGGGUCACGGCGAUCGUCGACGACGCGGGCGCGCUGCGGACCUUCGGCGCCAACGCCUUCGGCCAGUGCGGCGUCGGCGCCUUCGGCGAAGUCGUGUCGAAGCCCGCGGACGUCGUCUGGCACGACAUCGAGACGCCGCCGAAAGUGGUGGACGUCGCGCUGGGCUUCCGCCACGGCCUCGCGCUCGGCGGCGACGGCGGCGUCUACUCUUGGGGCAAGGACGACAACGGGCAGCUGGGCAUCGGCGGCCGCGACGCGUCGCCGGCGCUGCGGCGCGUCGACGUGCCGGACCGGUGCGUGGCCGUCGCGUGCGGCCUCGCGCACUCGGCCGCGCUCACGGACAAGGGCCAGCUCUACGUCUGGGGC